AUGGGCCGUUCGCUCCAGUCAUUCGCGGGUUACGUCCGCCCUUUCUCCAUCAUAGGCUCACGCCAGGCAUCCGGAUGCCCAUUUUCAAAACGUCAACGUUCCCAAAUAGCACCCGCCGCCGCCCUUACUGACGAGGUAUUCUCAAACGCAAAACCCUACUCGGAGGUGCCCGGCCCUAAACCCAUCCCCCUUCUGGGGAAUACGUGGCGAAUGGUACCAGUCAUUGGUCAAUUUGAUAUAUCUGAGUUCGCGAAGGUAACACAACAGUUUCUGGAUAAAUAUGGUAGGAUUGUCCGACUCGGUGGAUUGAUUGGGAGGCCGGAUUUGCUGUUCGUUUAUGAUGCUGAUGAGAUUGAGAGGAUGUAUAGGCGUGAAGGACCGACUCCGUUCAGGCCUGCCAUGCCUUGCCUUGUGAAAUACAAGUCUGAAGUGCGGAAGGAUUUUUUCGGUGAUUUACCAGGAGUUGUCGGAGUGUGA